CUCAACCCACAUAUGACCUUGCAGAAAAUUGACCAUGCAAGCAUAGUGAAAGGACUUAAGCCUUUUAAGGCAUUUCUUUUGCUCAACUUCAAUUUCUCUAGCUACUAGUUUAGUUCAGUACUUCAGCAUAUGUGAAAUCUGAAAUGAAAUGAGAAGAACAAUGUCAAAGGUAUCAUCAGCAUGCUUCAUUUUCUUUGCUUUUGUAGUUGUAGCAGCACUUCAUGUUGAAUGCCGUUCUCUUCGGCCUAGUGUUUCUGAUGGAGUUGAUGCAAUUCAACCUCAAGAGUCUUAUCUACAACUCAAUAAAGACCAAAGGGUUGUUGUUGAGUCUUCUUCUGAUGAUGAUGAGCAUUUCUGUAAGCAAAUGUACGGGUUCUUGCCAUGUUCCAAUAACAUACUUGGCCAUCUCUUCCUCAUUUUGGUUUAUGAGUACUUGUUGUUCCAUGGAGAAUCAUAUUUGGCUGCUGGGGGUGAGCAAAUCUUCAAGAUUCUUGGCCCUGGUGUUUUUGGUGCUAGUGCCUUUGAUAUUCUUGGUGCUCUUCCUGAGUCAUUAAUUCUUGUUGUUACUGGACUUUCCAGCGAUAAGGAGAGUGCACAAGAGUAUGCUUCCACUGGCGUUGGUUUGUUGGCUGGAUCAUCCAUUAUGCUUCUGACAGUAGUGUGGGGAACUUGUGUUAUCAUUGGCAAGCAAAAGUUGAAAAAUGACCCUGACUCUUUUGGCACAAAUUCGUCAAAUGGAGGAAUAAAAGAAUCACUAACUGGUUAUGGUAUCACUAUGGAUGUAGAGACUAGAAAGAUGGCAAGAAUCAUGGUUUUCUCAGUUAUACCACUCCUCAUAAUGCAGAUUCCCAAUUUGUUCAACUUCUCUUCUACACCACGCAAUGUGACCUUGAUGGUUUCUCUUACAGUUGCUGUUGCUUUUCUUAUCUCAUACUUCAUUUACCAGGUCUUUAAACCUCAGAUAGAGAAAACAAGACUGGAGUAUAUUAAACAUGAUGACUUAAUAUUAAGAAUUUUUCAACGUGUUGAAAAACAAACUCUGCAAAAGAUCCUCACCGACGAUGGGACUCCCAAUGUAGCUGCAAUAAGUGGGUUGUAUCAUGAAAUUAGUCAAAGUGGGGGCAAGGAUUUGUUAGCUUCUGAAGUGAAAGAGCUGUUGUUUGGGAACAAAUUAAAUGACACAAAUAUCAAAGAGGAACAAAUAACUGACAUGUUAAAAGUUUUUGACCGAAAUGGUGACCAAAUUAUAACCAAGGAAGAGUUUGUCACUGGCUUAACAGAAUACAUUAACCAAUCAAAGCAUGCUCUGGAUAGACAAUACCUCCCCAAAGAAUCUCUCAACAAAAUGUAUCAGACUUUUAUCAAGCCAUGGAUUGAACACGUGAGAAAACAACGCGAAUUGAAGGGACAUCUUAUAUCUGAAGUCUUGAAGCAUGCUCAGAAUGAUAUGGUUGGCAGGCUGCGCCAAGAUGAUGGCAGACCUGACAAAACUGCUAUCAGAAGGUUGUUUGAGGAAAUUGAUGUCAACAGGGAUAACCACAUUUCAAGAUCUGAAUUGGAAAAAAUAGUCAAGGACAUACAUUUUGGCAAGGUCGUAGAAACUGAGGAGGCAGUUACAAAACUUGUUCAAGAUCUUGAUCUCAACAGAGACAAUGAAAUUAGCGAGACCGAAUUUGUUGAAGGUUUUACAAAAUGGAUGGACUCGAAUUCCAGCCAAGCUGCUAACUCAAAAUCUUCGUCUCACGAAAUUCAUCAAACCUGGGAAGAUGUUGAAAAGGUGAUGGAAGAGAAUCAAACCAAAGGAGCAUCUGCAUGGUUGACAGCUAUAGCAUAUGUGGUGUUGGGAGUUACUAUACUGGCUCUUCUUGCAGAACCCUUAAUAGCAAGUGUCCAAAAAUUCUCUGAAGAAGCAGGAAUUUCAUCAUUUUUCAUCUCAUUCAUUUUAGUCCCCCUGGCUACAAAUUUUAGAGAAGCAACCUCAGCAAUCAAAGAAGCUAGCCAUAAAAAGAGCAGCAAUACUUCUCAGACAAUGUAUGAGAUUUAUGGAGCAGUGUUCAUGAACAACAUUCUUGGCUUUGUGGUGAUCUCUAUACUUAUAUAUAUGCGUGAGAUCACUUGGGAAUUCUCAGCUGAUGUGCUAGUUGUGGCAAUAGUUUGUGCUGUAAUGGGCCUUACUGCUAGUUUUCGACCCACGUUUCCUCUUUGGACAUCUUUCCCUGCAUACCUCAUGUACCUAAUAGCAUUGCUUUUGGUCUUUGUCCUCAAAGAUGUUCUCAAUUAUGUUUAAUGACCUGGUGGGUAUAACAAACUAUGGAUGUGGACUAUGUUGAAUCUUGUGUGGCCGUUGAUGAUUCUAAUGGGGUCGUUGAUGCCUUGAUGGAAAACGAAUUUAGAUGUACACUGAAUGCAAGGAAAAGUCAAGAGUAUGGAUUACGCCAGAGGAGUUAGUAACACACUUGAUUCAACAUUAUAAAAUCAUGAGUCGAGCUCAUUGGAUAAGAAAUGAGACCUAUAUUUAUUUUUUUUGUAAUUUUCAAAAAAAAAAAAAUCAUCCAUAAUAAAGAGUACAUUUGAAAAAUAUGAUAAUAGUAUUUCUUUAUCAAACAAUAAUAGACCCAUUCAUUUGAGUUA